UAGCUGAAAUGAUUGUAUUGGACUUUUUUUACAUUCAUUCAAUUAUCAAACAAUAUCAUCAUCAUCAUUGUUAUUAUUGGCAUCAUGCAAUUCGGUAAACGACAUUUGAUAUCCAUACUAUGUCUAUGUUCAAGUAUGAUGGGCUAUAUUGGCCGUAUCAAUCUAUCAACAGCAAUUGUAGCUAUGGCUCGUGAUGAAUCAAUAAAUAAAACUGAUCACAAAGAAUUCAUUACAGAUGUAUGUCCAGAUCCGAAAAUCAUUGGCAAUAAUUCAAAACCUGUAUUUGAUUUUCAAUCAUCAACCGCUCAACGUUUCGAUUGGAAUCAAAAAACUCAAGGUGUGAUUUUGGGUGCAUUUUUUUAUGGUUAUUUUGCCUUACAAAUUGGUAGUGGACGUCUAGCCGAAAUAUUUGGGCCAAGAAUAUUAUGCUCGUUGGGCUUAUUCAUGUCUGGAAUCAUAAAUCUUUUGACACCUUUGAUAAGCAAUCAUUAUGGUUUAUUGAUUACAAGCCGUAUCCUUUUAGGCGUAUUUCAAGCAGCUAUUUUUCCAUCUUGUUAUGCAUUAUCAUCACGUUGGAUACCUGAUCAUGAACGUAGUACAAUCAAUUCGAUGGCAUUUAUUGGCGGUGAUUUGGGUUCACUAAUAGCAUCAACAUUAGCUGGAUAUCUAAGCCGUCAUGGAUUCGCUGGUGGAUGGCCUUCUGUUUUCUAUGUUUCAGGUACACUGAUUACAGCUUUCAGCAUUUUAUAUUUCCUUCUUGUACGAGAUGAUCCAUCAUUGCAUUGGAUAAUAUCCGAUAGUGAACUCAAAUACAUACAAGCACAUAUUAAAAGAAAAAAACAAAUAGAAACAUCUGUAUCAUGGUUACGAUUGCUAAGUAGUCGUGUAAUCUGGGCCGGGGCAUUCACUCAUUUCACAAUGAUUUGGUCAUUGACAGUUUUUGUAUUGAAAAUUCCCGAAUACAUGCAUCAUGUACUGAAAAUUCCAUUGGAAAAGAAUGGAUUAUUUUCAGCAUUAAUGUAUAUGGGUGAAUGUUCCAGUUUAUUAAUCACCGGAAUUAUUGUUGAUAGAAUCAUAAAAUCAGAACGAUACGAUAAGACUUUAGUUAGAAAAAUUUGUCAAUCUAUUACACAAUUUGGUGGUGGUAUAUGUCUAUUAUUGGUUGCUGUAGCCAAUUGUAAUGAAGGAUUAUUUUUAGCAGCCACAACGGGGACAAUGAUUUUGAAUGGUCUACAAUCCGGUGGAUUGAUUGCAUUACCAUCGGAUUUAUCAAAUAAUUUUAGUGCAACAAUAUUCGGCAUAUUCAAUAUGAUUGGUAUGACUAAUGGUUUCAUUUGUCCAUUGAUCAUAGGAUAUGUUCUUGAUUCUGAUCCACAUCACAUUAAACAUGGAUGGUGGACUAUUCUGUAUAUAACAGCCGCAUUACGUAUAGCUGGUGGUAUCGUAUUCACAUUAUUUAUAUCAUGUCGACGACGAUCAUGGAGUUCGAAGAAUACACUUUCAUUAUCUACAUCAUCAUCAUCAUUAUCAUAAUAAUUCUCGCCAUAACGAUUAUGAUCAUUCAUUUUAAAUAACAAAUUUAUUAUUAUGUUUACUCGAAAAUUUUUCUUUCCUGCUUGGAAAUG